AACCGGACUUGUCAAAACCUCCAACCUGUCGACUGGCGUUUGUCACAACGGAUUCGUGUCGUGAGCUGAGCAGACGACAGACAGAUUAAAGAGAUUUAUUUUAAUUAGUCUGCGGUCACAAUGAGGACGGCUUCCUUUGUACUCACCAUAUUUCUGUGUUUCUGCUUCGUCAGAGGGGCUCCUGUAGGAGAACCUCCAGCAGACAGUGACACAGUUCUGCAGAAUGAAGGCAAAAGCCCAAAAUCGGAUGAUGGCAAUGACAAAUCAUUAGAAUCCAGAGCUGAUGGUGACCAAAAUUCUGCCAGUUCUAUUGGAGCAAACAAUAAUGAUGAACAAAAGGACAGUGACAAACCCCCAAAGACUGUACAAGCAACAGAAAAUGAAAAUAAACCUGUUGAAAAACAACCAGGUGGUGAAGUAAAGCAGGGUGAUACUAGCCAGGAAGGACCAGUCAAACCUAUACAAGGCAACAAUGAACAAGGAGUAUCAAACACACAAGGUGGCGAAAGUAAUGAAAAAAAAACGACAGCUGUGAAUAAUGAAAAAGCGAAGAGUAAUCCCACUGAUAAAGGGCCUACAUUCACAAAAGGACCAGCCAAGAGUCUUGAAGAGUCAGGAGGGGAAGGCAAAAUGCCAGGAGCAAAGGGACCCAAGGAGUCAGAGCCACCUGAAAACGCUGACAAAGACGCCACAGAGGGAGAUAACGCCAAGAAAGGCGAGACGACAGUAGACAACGGCAAUAAAAAAAACACGGAAGGAGAUGAUGGCAAGAAAGGCAACACGGAUGGAGAUGAUGGCAAGAAAGGCAACACGGGAGGAGAUGAUGGCAAGAAAGGCAACACGGAAGGAGAUGAUGGCAAGAAAGGCAACACGGAAGGAGAUGAUGGCAAGAAAGGCAACACGGAAGGAGAGGAUGGCAAGAAAGGCAACACGGAAGGAGAGGAUGGCAAGAAAGGCAACACGGAAGGAGAGGAUGGCAAGAAAGGCAACACGGAAGGAGAGGAUGGCAAGAAAGGCAACACGGAAGCAGAGGAUGGCAAGAAAGGCAACACGGAAGGAGAGGAUGGCAAGAAAGGCAACACGGAAGGAGAGGAUGGCAAGAAAGGCAACACGGAAGGAGAGGAUGGCAAGAAAGGCAACACGGAAGGAGAGGAUGGCAAGAAAGGCAACACGGAAGGAGAGGAUGGCAAGAAAGGCAACCCGGAAGGAGAUGAAGACGACGUCAACGCAGAAGUCGACGGCGGCAACGAAGAAGUAGACGGCGUCAACGCAGAUGGAGACAACGACGAUGUCUUUGACAGUAAGAAAGAUGAGAAAGAAGUAGUCGACAGCAAGAAAGAUGAGAAAACACAAGGCACCAAUAAGGACAAAACUCCAUAUGAGCCAUUUGGCAUAAAGGACGAGGCAGAAAGCAGCCACUUCUUCGCCUACCUCGUCUCUACAGCUGUGCUGGUUGCCGUGCUUUACAUCACUUACCACAACAAGCGCAAGAUAAUUGCAUUUAUGUUGGAAGGAAAGAAAUCCAGAUCCACACGUCGACCUAAAUCCACAGAAUACCAGAAGCUGGAACAGCAUAUGUAAUCUCAAGUCAUUCUCUUGAAGCCAUUGCCUCGAGCAGCUGAAUACACUGGGGGUUGUGUGAGAUGAAUGAAAGGAUCCUGGUGUUAGAUAUUUUCCUAGUGCACUCUGCAUUGAUUUCACCUUGUGUUACAUAGACAGUCUUCUAUUUUAUAACCGUAGAUGCUUAUCAUAUGACUAUGCAGAUGACACUGUUGCCUUAUUGAGGGAAUUAGUGAAAUGCAGUGAAAGUAAAAUAAGCAUGCUGUUUUUGCACUUGUGUCGUUAAUCCACUUUUAAGGCAAUCUUGUCAUUUGACCUGACUAAGGUCCGGCACUCAGGAUAUUUCAGUAGCAGAUGAAAAAUAUUAACUGUUUGGAUUCCAGACUUGUUUGUGCAGUACAUUAGUGAUCACACUGUGCACUAAAGAAGCCAUUUGAAUCUUUGUAAAAUACUUCCGUUUUUUCGAGGUUAUUUUAAAAAUGUCUAUUAGUUAAAAUGUAUUAGGGGUUUAGAUGUACUAAAGUAUCACAUGGGAUUUCUGCUCGUGUUCAUAACCAUAAUGGUGUUGGCCGGAUGAAUGUAGCAAACUUUAUUUUCCAAAUGAGAUGCAUACAUAUACAGUCUGUGUUUAAAGCAAUAGUUUUGGAAUAUGCACUGAUUUCCUUUCUUGCUAAGAGUUAGACAAUACCACUCUCAAAUAUUUCCAGUAUAUUAAACAUUAAAGAUACAGCUCUCCCUAAAAUCAAAUACACUUUUUUCCCCCUCUUGCCUGCAGAGCUUUUUAUCGAUCUAGAUUGUUUUAGUGUGACUGUAAUGAAACUAGAUGGUACUUGGCUUGUAGAAAAACCCAGAAAAACUCGACAGCAAUGUCUCUUUCCAGCACUGAUGUCCAUGUUAUUCAGGGACAUCAUUGCAAUUAAUCCCACUCCUCCUGAGGUUAGGAUAGCCCUUUGGUCAGGGGAUAAGACCUAAACAAAUAAUGUUCUACCAAUCCCAGUGCUUAAAUGCUGCAAUGCGUGGGUCUUACAUUGGAAAGGAGUGGGAUUCAAAAUAACGCGAUAAUUCAAUAUAAUCUGCAGACCUUGUUGUGAGAUAAACUAUUUUCUUUCAAGAAUAGACCUCAAUAUAAGGUAUGUGGAUUAUUUUGUGUAACCGGGUCCUGACUUCUUGAAAGAGACAAGCUAAGAGCCAGACAGACAUCUCUAGAGUUGAUAUCUCCAACGCUCAGCAGCUCACACCAAAACAAUCUAGAUUGCAAAAUAGCACUAUGGGGAAGAGGAAAAUAUAUAUGUUUUAUUUUUAUUUUGGGGUGACCUGUCCCUUUAAGACUACCACCAACUGCCAGUAAAAUUAAUAUAUCAUAAGAGCUGGAAUUGAGGCCCUAACAGUUAGCCUUGGCAGAAAAGGAACAAGCAUAUUUCCCAAAAUGUUGAACUAGUCUCUUAAGAUAAAAUUAAACAACUGCAUGACAUUAUAGCUGCUGCUGGGGUUGACCACACAUGUAAACACCUUUUUUUUUAUUUAUCAAGAUUCAGUGUCCUGGAAAACAAUCUGUUCACCACAAUCUAAGGUUAAAGCAUGACUGUGCAACACCUCUGUGGCUUCCUCUUUAAGAGGAACACAUCCAACUUGUACUACUUGUUGCUUAACUUGAAACCACUGUCUGACAUUUUGCAACCUUAAACCUGUUUUUUUCAGAGGAAGUUGGAAACAAGCUGCUCUACUUUGACUGUUGGUGGGAAACUAUUGGAAAAAAUAUGCAUCUCUGAGGAAAGGUUAAAUAGGGAUACAUUAGAUUAAAUCCUCUAGAGUAGAUGUGUAUUUGUGUUCAGAGAUGAGACUUGUGCCAAAUUAUGAACGAUUUUACUGUGAUUCAAUGUGUGAUUCUUGUAUUGUGCCUGUUCGCUAAAUUAACAAUUAUAUUUGUAUUGGCCGAUUAUCAUAAUAUAUGAAAAGCCCGUUCUGUAAAAAAUAAAAUAAAUUUAAGCGUAUUGUUUCUUGGAGGAAUCAAAAGUCCAUAUUAAGUCUCAAGAUAUAUAUUUUUAUUGCUGAAUCUGCAGAAAAGUGCAGCAUUUUGUAGUUGAGUGAAAUAAGAACCAGAAAUAAUUAUUUCAUACAGUCUCGCAGUUGACAUGAGAAAAGCAUGUUUUCAGGAUGAACAUAUAGCUAAAUUACUAGGUAUUUAUUUCAGUUUGUUGUGAAUGGCUGUCCAUAAAAACAUCCUGCUGUCCGUCAAGUGUUUUAUUGCACAACUAUGUGUCUGUUAAACAAAAUUUAAAUGAGUAUUGAUUCUGAAAUAAAAGCUUUUUGUAUUUUCUAGCCUCAAA